GACGAGUUAAGAAAUUUUCGGAAAAUUUGACAAAAAUUGGCAACCAACCAAAACACAAGUUUCUCAAAUGACAUCAAACAUCAAACUCUUAUGUUGAAACUAGUAAAACAACUACGGCUGUUUAAGCCUCAACUAGCGCAAAAACAGAACUGGCGAACGUUCUGUAGCACAAGCAAGCCGCCGCCUUCUGUUUACGAUAUCCAUCCUCCGCCUCACCAGAGAAAGGUGCACAAACCAAAGGAAUGGCGCCCCUAUUCGCCAUUUGAACCCAAAGGAAAAGUCGAAUGGGCCCUAGCCAGACUGGACGAUCUUCUGAACUGGGGUAGAAAAACCUCCUUGUGGCCAAUGACUUUCGGGUUAGCAUGCUGUGCAGUGGAGAUGAUGCAUAUUGCUGCUCCCAGAUAUGAUAUGGACAGGUUUGGAGUCGUUUUUCGAGCUUCACCUCGACAAACUGAUGUGAUCAUCGUAGCUGGGACUUUGACCAAUAAAAUGGCGGUAGCGUUUAGGAAGGUCUACGACCAAAUGCCCGAACCAAAAUGGGUUAUUUCCAUGGGAAGUUGUGCUAAUGGAGGCGGCUACUACCACUACUCCUACGCAGUAGUCAGAGGCUGCGAUCGAAUAGUCCCAGUGGACAUCUACGUCCCAGGUUGUCCUCCUACAGCGGAAGCUUUGAUGUAUGGCAUCCUGAUGCUCCAGAAGAAGAUCAAAAGGUCUCAAACCGUUCAAAUGUGGUAUAGAAAUAAUUAUAAACAAUCUUAAUGUUC